AUGCGGGGCGCUUGUGCGCACUACUUGGCCGCGCUUACCUGCUUAUGUGUCGGGCGCGUCUAUCGUGCGUCAUCCCCUCACCCAGCUAUUGCUAGAAAUUGGCACUGCCCAUCCAGAGCCUAUGCCAGUGGUUUGACGGCGCCUUCUUUUCUCAGGUAUCCCUAUCUGCAUGUGUUCUGUACAGAGGAUGGCACCACAGCUUCCGUGCAUUUCACAAACGAGGCGGGUCCCCAGGCAAGGAAGGAGACAAGAAGAAGGUCAAGUACUGUCUUGGAGGGCAGAGUAGGGGUCCGUACUAUUGAGACCUUCACUUUGGCUCAUAUUUCAGUUUUAUUGUCUGCUUUGCCAGGAGGAAGAAGACCUGCAUUCGUCGUAUGCCGGUUGGCCCUGAAGACUGAGCGAUCCCGUCAGGAGGAGAGCCUGCAGGACAAGAAACACAAACCGCUCCACAGCAAGGAGCCGCCUGCAGCCGAAGAGGUUGACGUGAGUCCGAGCUACGGACCUGAGCCAGAGACCAUCGAAGGCCCAGAGCCUGAUCCUGAUCCUGCUGCUGCUGCUCCUGCCAUUGAAAACUCCUCCAGCGUUUCUCCAUUCACUACUAGCCCUACUGCUGCCGCACCUCCUGAACAACCUACGGCAGACUGUGAGACUGGCAGAACCCUUGCCCAGAGUGAGCCUCCCGCCUUCAGCACCCCAUUGGACAGCUUUUCAGGAGAUCUUGUCGAAAACACCUCAAGUAGCCAAGGACUGGAGCCACAGCCUACACUUGAAGCUGAUGACAAAGAUCCUGGGAUCAACAUCACUGAUCGGGACGGAUACCCUGGGAACAGGAAGGACAUCAGUCCCACACCCCCAGGAGACAUUCCUACCUUUGACGAAUGGAAAAAGCAGGUCAUGGAAGAUGAGAAGGAGAAAAGCCAGUCCUUGCACCCCUCUUCUAACGGAGGGACCCACCCUGUCAAGAAGGUCCAGAAAAACUUUAGUAACUAUGCCUCUGUGGAGUGUGGAGCCAAAAUCUUAGCAGCCAACAUAGAGGCCAAGAGCACUUCUGCCAUCCUCAUGGAAAAUAUGGACCUGUACAUGCUGAACCCCUGCAGCGCUAAGAUCUGGUUUGUCAUUGAGCUGUGUGAACCCAUUCAGGUGAAGCAACUUGACGUUGCUAACUUUGAACUUUUCUCUUCCACUCCAAAGGACUUUGUGGUUGCCAUCAGUGACAGAUACCCUACAAGCAAGUGGAUUAAACUGGGAACUUUCCAUGCCCGUGAGGAGAGGACAGUGCAGAGCUUUCCCCUGGACGAGCAGCUCUAUGCCAAAUACGUCAAAAUGUUCAUCAAGUACAUAAAGGUAGAGCUGGUCUCCCAUUUCGGAUCUGAGCACUUCUGCCCUCUGAGUCUCAUCAGGGUGUUCGGCACAAGUAUGGUAGAAGAAUAUGAAGAGUCUCAGUACUCGCUGGAGCGUCCGGAAUAUCUGGAUGAGGAUUAUGACUUCCCCCCAGGAUAUGUGCCCCAAGAAGAUAAGGACUCCAAGAAUCUCCUGGGCUCUGCCACAAAUGCCAUCAUGAACAUGAUGAACAUAGCAGUAAAAAUGCUGGGGGCGAAGUCGGAGCUGGAAGAGGUCAACCAGACAGAAGCUAACCUGUCCAGUCAAGUUGCAGAGGUGCUGGAACCAGAGAUGACUACACCACCUGUGUCUCUGUCAACCUUAUGGCCUGAUUUGCCCGAAUCUUCUGUGCCGAUUAUUCCUGAGGAAGUGGAGGUGCCUACCCAGGAGACUCCAGCACCCAUUGUUCUGCUGAUUGAGGGGGGUGAAGACGAGGAGCCCAGUGAGUCCACGGUCAUCCUAGUGAAUGAAGGAGAUGAGGAAGAGGAGAUUCAAGACUGGCACACUCUGGAGAGCAAAACCUACUGCAGCGAAGCAGCCACCAUCUCUUGCGUGGCUAGUUUUCCCGAGUUUGUGCAGAGCCAAUGCUCCAUCUCCAGAGCCAUCAAGAGGAAAGAGCAGCCCCUCCUGAGCAAGGUGCCUGUCAGCCUUAGUGUGGCCGAGACUGUGGAGCAAGCCAGCAGCCAGUUCAGGCCAGAGGCCACCAGCGAGUGGAGACCAGCCACGCCGAGCAUGGAACUGCUGCAGCCCCUUGAGUUGGGAAAUGCAGAGGUGUCAAAUGGGAUGGCGGCUUGGCCCCCAGAGCUUGAGCCUAGCCAGUCUCCGUUGCCGCACACCAGUACCAUGUCCUCUGUUGCCUCUGCACAGGUGACACCUUUGGACAAAAUUCCGGAUUUGUCUGUGGGUGAAGAGCAUGACUUGGACACAAGUCCUGCCCCACCAACAGUAGAGGACCAGAGUACCCUGGCUGUGAGCAGCCCUGAGGACAGUCCCAAGGAGAUCUUGGAAAAUCUGCCCAGUGAGGAGGAGAAGCAGCCCAGUGCCAGCCUCGUUGAGCCUGCCUCCUCUGCAGGACCGGUGUCUGAGAUGUCGGUGGAAGUCCCGAUGGAGGUAGAGGAUGCUGAUGACUAUAUUCUCACGGGGUCCUCCAGCAAUGGCCUGCUUCACAGAACUGCCACUGACUUCUAUGCGGAGUUGCAGAACUCCACUGACCUGAGUGGCGCCAAUGGGAAUCAGAUGCACGGCUCCAACCAGAAGGAGUCUGUCUUCAUGAGGCUCAACAACCGCAUCAAAGCCCUCGAGAUGAACAUGUCACUGAGCAGCCGCUACCUGGAGGAGCUUAGCCAGAGGUAUCGCAAGCAAAUGGAGGAAAUGCAGAGAGCCUUCAAUAAGACCAUCAUCAAGCUCCAGAACACCUCCAUGCUCGCCGAGGAGCAGGACCAGCGACAGACUGAGUCCAUUCAGACACUCCAGAGCCAGUUGCACAACCUGACCAACCUGAUGCUCAACUUGUCUGCCACUGUGGCCCAGCUGCAGGGAGAGGUGUCGGACACCCGUGGCUAUCUGGUGGCCACCCUGCUCCUCGCUCUGUGCCUCGGUCUGCUGCUUUGCCUCCAGUGCUGCCGGAAUUGUCCCGUGGGUCACGAGAAGUCUGGGUCCAUCAUCCCCAAAAGUAAUCACUACCCAAGCCCCAAGAGGUGUUUCUCUUCCUACGAUGACAUGAGCCUCCGCCGCAGGACGUCCUACCCCCUGGUCAAAUCGAGAAGUGUAGAAAUGGCGAGUGAAGUGGGUCCUGACGACCUCUUCAUCGUGGAGCCGUUGAGGUUUUCGCCAGAAACCAAGAAGAAGAAGCGUUGCAAAGGCAAAGGUGACAAAGUAGAAACACUCAAGCCAUGCAUUUCGGCCCUGCCAGCUGCCAACGGAGGGCACAAGUGCAACGGCCUGCUUGCCCACUCGCAGACGACGUUCUUGCCCUCAGGAGAGAUGUGCACUUCUUCUUACAAGGGACCCCCGUCGGAGGGCAGCUCGGAGGGCUCCUCUCAUUCGGACGAGUCCUACUUCUGUGGCAUCGCCACUUGCACGCGCCUGUGCAACGGACAGCUGCCCGCUCGGGCCAAAGUGGACAAAAGGACCUCCUUCAAAGCGCGGCGCUCCAAAGCCCCCAGCCAGGGCAAGUUCAUUGGUGACCUGGUGCAGGCCAAAGGAGAGUCCAUCGUCAGUCUGCAGGAGAUUGGCGUGGGCACGUUUGGCGUCACGGCACUGUCUGGGCACGUCUGAGGUGCCCGCUCGGAUGAGUAUUGGGGACCACAUGGUGGCUUGUCUGAAGGAAGCCACGCCAGUGGUGGGCACAAGUCGUUUUUUUUUUUUUUUUUUUUUGUUCUUUUAUGUCCUCAUUGGGUUCAAGGACCAAGUGGGGGUAUCACCGGGCCGAGGAGGUGCCCCCCCCCCCCCACGAUAGCAGGCUUGUCGGCUGGGUGUAAUUUAUCUUGGGUAUCUGUGUGUGCGCGUGCGUGUGUGCUGUGUGUGUGUGUGCGCGUGCGUGUGACUCGAGUGAGACGUUAGCGUUCAGGUGUGUAGCGCCGUUAGAAACUGUGAAUUUCUCAAUAAAACACUACGGGAUUUGC